AUGAAAAAGGCAGCUGAAGAGGCGUUGACCAAGAAACGAGCUGAAGACGCAAGAAAGAGGAAAGAGGAAGCUGCAAAGGCUGAACAGAAAAGACGAGAAGAGGAAAUUGCAAAGGCGGCGAGAACACAGGCUGAACGUGCUGCUCUUGCCGUCACAACUGGACUUGCUUCACCAUUUGACUUUCACCGAAGCAAUCACGCUGCAAGGCAUCGGACCCAAGCUCUUGCUAACAUACUGAAUUAUGACGAUGAGGAACAAGAUGCGAUGCCUGGCACCGAAGACGACACAUGCGAGACUCGAUCCAUCAUGCCUGAGCGAGAGCUUGCCUUUGAGCUGGACGAACUCGAAGACCUCCUAAGAACAAUGGCCGAGAGCCUGAGAACUGAGGACGCAGACAGAAUGAGGGCUCAGGAGGCUGAAAGAACGACGACCGAUGAUGAUACCCAGAACCAAACUUCACCGACUGGCUGGUCAGGAACUUGCACCAUCAACUGA